UCAACGUGGCCAUGGAAAGCAACGAACCCUACAGCUUGUAAAGCCGGUGCCAUUGACGCCUACAAAUACGCAGCAAAACCCAUGGUUUCUUCAACCUCCAGCAGAUCGGAGAGCAAUUACCACACAAGCCUAAAUUAGCUACCUGCCUAGCUAGUUCCUCACCCAUGGCGAAGUCAAGCAGUUACGGUCUUGGGCUUGCUUGCUUUGCCGUUGCCGUCGCGGUCGCCGGCGCAACCCAAUUCACAGUCGGCGGCGCCAAUGGCUGGAGCGUCCCCUCCGCCGGCGCGGAGCCCUUCAACACCUGGGCGGAGAGGACCAGGUUUCAGGUCGGAGACUCGCUAGUGUUCGUGUACCCCAAGGACCAGGACUCGGUGCUGCUGGUGGAUCCGGCGGACUACAACGCCUGCAACACGUCGUCGUACGUGAAGAGGUUCGACGACGGCGACACCGUGGUCACGCUGGACCGCGCCGGCGCGCUCUUCUUCAUCAGCGGCGUGGAGGCCAACUGCCGCGCCAACGAGAAGCUCAUCGUCAUGGUCCUCGCCGCUGGACACAACGGCACCGGCGGCAGCGGCAGCGGCGCGCCCGCGCCGGCGACGCCAACGGUACCUCCGCCGGCGUCACCGUCUCCACCUCCCGCCAGCUCCGCCACCCCGCCGACGUCGCCCGCUCCGCCUAAGUCCCCGGCCGCCGCGUCGCCGCCGCCCUCCAGCUCGGCCUCGGCUCCCCCUCCUGCCACGAUGCCGAGCACACCGCCACCCGCUUCGUCCCCUCCUGCUCCGAGCGCAUCCACCCCACCACCAUCCGCCCCGGCCGGUGCCCCGGAGCCACCACCGGCGCCCUCAGCUAGCUCUCCGGCUCCGAGCGCACAUGGGACGACGACGGCGAACUCGACUGGCACGCCGUCGCCGCGCCCCACCGGAUCCAAGCACAACAACGGCGCCGCCCUCGCGGUGGCCACUAGCCUCGCCAGCUCGGUCGGGGCCUGCUUCCUUGGCUACGCCAUGAUUGCUCUCUGAAGUGAAGUGGACCCGAUUCAACCACUGUCCUACUGUUCCAACGAACGGAAAGUGAUCGAGUUGAUGUACAUGUAAAGACGACGUGCGAUUUGUACAUGUUCUUGCAAAUCUUGUACUAUUCGUUUUUCCACCGGAUGAAUAAGAAGCAAAACGAAACGAUUCAUGAACU